AUGCUGUCGCUGCGACUAUCGGUCCUCCUGCCGCUGUUGGUGGCGCCGUCGGGCGGAGCCCGCUGGGCCUGGGGACCCAAGGCGGAGCUCUCGCAGUACCUGCAGAACAUAUCGUGGCAUCACGACUCGCAUCUCUCGGAAGAGUUGCGCAAAUCGGUGCGGGACAUCCUCGAGCGACAGCCAUCACCAGGCCUGCUGCACCAGCGUCGAGUGCCAUUUCGGCCAAUCGGUGAUCUGCAGGCAUUCGGCAGGGUGGCAACGAAGGAGUCCCGGCAGCCGAGGAUCCGACCGGAACACCGUUCGGGAACGCCUGUUGGCGGUUCCAUUCUUGCUGCCAACAACAGCCCGCCAAACAUGAAAUUCGAGAAAGGCAAGCCGCACAUCUACGAUGUACACCUCGGCAAGGGCCUACAACUGUACUGUAGCGUCGCAUACCAGUCACAAGUGUCCAUAUUCUGGACGCUAAAUGGCAAACCACUGGAAGACUACGACUCCCUGUCUGAGGAGACUGUGUCGGAGGGGCGUGUUUCCAGCGUUUUCAUCAAGAGUUUGACGCGUUUGCCAACGAUGACUGGGGUGUACACGUUCAACUGCACCACUCUAACUGACUACGACCUGGCCACUGUGCACGUCGACGUGACCGUGCCGCUGAGCGACGCAUGCAAGGAAAAGGGCUCAGAGUGCACCGAGCGGAUGGCCGUCUGCAAAGGCGCGUCGUGUGUCUGCGAUGGCUACUACAAGGUGCGACUCCUCUCAAAGCACGUGACCUGCCGCAGUGAAGCAUACCUGGAGACGCCUUGCAUGUACGAUGAGCAGUGCUUAAACACUACCGAACACAGCGAGUGCACCAGCCGAGGAUGGUGCGCCUGCUUGAAGGGCUACGGUCGCACUGAGGACCACAAGUGCGUGCCUAAGGUCGGCGCGCGUUCGCGUUGCAACUCGGAAGAGGAGUGUGCUGAUUAUGACGCUACGUGCAUACUAAAUCACUGCACCUGCUUUAGCCACAAGAAGGAACUUAACGACCGCUGCGUGAACCUAGCCGAACACUUAGAAGGAAACAAGCUGCCGUAUGGUAAUGGAGUCCGCCCAUCCCCGGUGGCGGUGGUCGUGGUUCUAGCCGCAAUACUUAAGUUAGCGUAG